AUGGACGCCACAUAUCAAGAUCUAGCCCGCCGCGUGAAGAGCAAGUGGGCCGAAGCGCAGUCCCAGGGCCAAAAGCGCCUCCUCAUCGCACUAGCCGGGGCGCCAGGAUCCGGCAAGACGACCAUCGCCAAACACGUCGCCGAUCAGGUCGCCGCCAUGGGCCCCAGCGGCCCCAACAUCGUCGCCAUCUCCGCAGACGGCUUCCACCUCCCGCUGGCGGCGCUGCGGGCCUUGCCCAACUCUGCGGAGGCGUUGUCACGGAGAGGGGCACCCUGGACCUUUGACGGCGCUGCAGCGGCCGAGUUAGUGCGCAGGCUCCGUGCCGGGGCGGGGCACCAGGCCGUCACGGCCCCGACGUUCGAUCACGCACUCAAGGACCCCGUCACAGAUGGGCUGACUGUGGGACCUGAUGUUGAGGUGUGCAUACUCGAGGGCAACUACUUGCUUAGCGAUAAAGGGCCGUGGGAUGAGAUCGCCGGGAUCGUGGACGAUCGGUGGUUGGUGAAGGUGGACCCUACACUGGCAAGGGACCGUGUUGCCGCGCGGCAUUUGAAGGCCGGGAUUGAGGUCACCAUGGACAAGGCACUGAAGCGUGCGGAGGACAACGAUAUGGUCAAUGGGGAGUAUGUGAUGGAGCACAGUCACGGGCGAUAUGAUCUAUUGAUAGAGAGCGUAGAGGAGGAGAAUGGUCAGUGA